UGUCAGUCAGUGACGGAGAGGAUCGUUUUUUGUGAUGAUUUGUGAGGAUCUUAUGUCUGAAUUGUAAAUAUUAACAGAUUUUUAUUUAUUUAAAGACCUAUUAGUAAUUUACGUACAAUAUGAAAAUAAAUGAAAAGAAUCUGUGUGCUUUUGCAGUAUCGGCCACUCCAAUUGACAAAGAAGGCUAUUUAAAUAAAAGGGGGGAAGUAAAUAAAAACUUUCAAAGACGGUAUUUUGUACUAAAAGGAAAUCUUUUAUUUUAUUUUGAUAAGAAAGGCGAUAAGGAGCCCGUAGGUGUAAUAAUACUUGAAGGUUGUUCAAUCGAAUUGGCAGAGGACGAUGCUCAGUUUAGUUUCAAAAUAGAUUUUCAUGGAACGAAUAAUAGGAGCUACAUAUUGGGGGCAGAGUCUCAAGAGUCCAUGGAACAAUGGAUGAAGGCUUUGGCUUGUGCUGGUUAUGAUUACAUGAAACUAAUGGUUGCAGAACUCCAAAGGCAAUUAGAUGAUGUAGAAGAAACUCCAAUGCCCAUUUCAUCUCCACAGCCUGUUGGGUCACCUGUCCCACCGCCUAGAACAAGGCAUAACCCUUUUAAUAGACCAGAGAAUAACCCCCAUCAGAGAUCUCAUAGUUUAAGGUCUACAGGAUCAGCAGCAAGUCGGUUGGGUGAGAACAGAAUCUCAGACAACAAUGUAGCAUCAUCUUCAUCUUCAAAAAUAACCAUAACCUUCCGCGAACUUCAUAACUCAUAUGGUAGGCCAAUCUUAAAAGACUACAACUACUGGAAGUAUGAACAGAAGGAAAAAUCAGAUACUACUGAAAAUCUAAUAUCCUUUUAAAGAUACCCAUAUUAGAAAUGUCAUGUAAAACAGCUUCAUUCAGAAUAUCAAGGAAUGUGAUAGAAUGAAGUGACCAAUAAUUGAAACUGAAAGCAGGGUUGGCAUCCAAAAAACAAAAAAAAAACAGGUUUUUUCGUUUAAACCAGUUUUAUUUGGUUUAAACCAGAUUUAUUUGAUACAAAAUAUAAUAAAUCUAAAUACUUUUAAAAUGAAUAAAUUAUUUUUAUAAAGUAAUAGUAAUAAACAAUGAAAGAAAUGAAUAAAAAUACUUUUGUUUUUAUUUACACACACAAAAAAUUAAUGUAACAGAAAAAAACAUCUCAAACGUAAUUAUAUUCAAAAUAACUAAGUUCGAAAGUAAAAAAAUAGAAUUUAUUUAUCUUAAUUUUCGUCAUUUGCGGCAUCUGUAUUAAAACUUUUAAAUUAAAAACUUCAGCUUAGAGGCUCAAUAAAAAACCAGGUUUUUUAUUUUUAAAAAACCAGUUGGUUUAAACCAAGGUUUUAAGCAUGUUGGUUUAAACCUACCAACCCUGACUGAAAGUUGAGGUUAUUUCAUCAUUCUAGAUAAAUAAUAUAAUUAUCAUUUUUGGCAUUCACAAAAAUCACAUUUUUUAUUUAUAUAUAUUUUUUAUUACUGUCAUUUAACAUUAUUUAUAUGUUAAAUUUUCAAGGAAAUUUCUUCACUAACUUAAUUCUUGCUUAAAGCCGGAAUCAAAAGUAAAUACCAAAAACUCGAGUUUUUAUUAUAAAAUGUUUUAAGUUUUUAUUGUACUAUAUAUUUUUUUAAAUCAUAUCCUUAUUAAAUUUUGUUUUUACUGAGUAAUAGGCACUUAGAUUUAUGUAUGAUUCUGAUUGACAAUAGACUCUACUGUGUAGUCAUUUGAUCAGUAAUCUUCUUUUUAGUUUGAUUUUGAAUUUUGUUUUCCCAAAUUAUUUACUUUAUUAAUAAUGCCAUUUUCAGACUGAUUAUUAAUAUAUAUCUUUCAAUUUCAUUUGUGUAGGAAUCUUUUUGUAAUUGUGAUCUUAAUUUCGCAAAUGAAAUAUGGGUAACAGUAUUAAAUGGAAUCAUUUCUUAUAUUUAUUAUUGUAUAUAUUGUAUUAUAAAUAGUUGUUCAAUAACAUAAAUGUAUUUAUUUUGGAUUUUUACCAUGCACAAAAAAUAUAAUAAUUAAAAAUU